UUGAACACAAUGGCCAACUUCGCGCCAAACAUUUUAGUCAGUCUAGUAUGCGGGUAGAGUUUAUUUUUUUAACCUCAACUUUAAGCUGUUUAUUAUUUCCAAGGCCUCUAAAUAAUUUUAAAAAUUAUCCAGUACAUUUACUCAAUAAGUUGAUGAUUUUAAAACACACUUUUGUUUUUAUCCAACAGUAAUGUGUAGAAAAAAACACAUUUAACUAAAGAUCCCAAGUACAUAAUGGACUCAUAUAUGAGUUGUAUUAAAGUUCGAGGGGUUCGGAUCCUUCCCCCUUUCAUGACAGAUGAACUCAGAGCAGAAAUGAAUUAUUACAAACAAUUAGCUCUAGAUGUUGAAGAAAAAUUAUCAAGAAUGGAAAUGGCAAGUGAUGAAGAAUCCGUUGAACAGACAGUAAAUUCAUCUGAAGAAGAUAAAGUACCGGGUUAUAAAAUUUCAAAUUAUUGUAACCAAGAAAGCGCUGUCAGUUCUGCUGCUGAUAGUCCAGAUCAUCAGUCAAAAGUCUAUAGUGAUAAAAUAAAUAGUAAAGUGACAGAUGUCAGUCAGAAAAGAGUUUCCGAUGAUGACGAGACGAUAACUAACAGCACAGACAUCAAUAGAUAUAUGAAUAUAUCAGAUUCUUCAAAGACAGACGUGACAGAAACGAUUUCCGAGGCGGGAAAACCCCGUGUUCCUAAAACUCUGGAUAUUGUACCAAUUACUGUUGAACUUCCGCAUUUUUACAAACAAAAAUCAUCUUCAGAUGUUGAAGAAACUGAUGCAGAGACUCCUAAAUUAGUAAGACAAGGAUCUUAUACAUUGGAUUCGCCAAGUCCGAUGUUAUUGGCGCACUUGCAGCACCGGCAAGAUGAUUAUGUCCCUACUCCUGCGGUAAAUGGUCUCGGGCAAAAAGAAUGGAGCGUAAAUUGUUCAAAAACUGAGUGGACGCUUAAAGACAAGCAAGGAAUUGAUGAAAUUAAAAAAAAUUCCAGCGACAGUGGAGUCAAUUCAGCAGCAAGACGAAGUAGUAUUUCUGUAAGCGGAAGUAAUGACAGGAGUGAUAAAAUAAUGGAAGAUAAGACUGAUAAACAAUUAGUUGGUGUGAGCCAUCAUGCUGCUAAAUCUGUUGACUGCAUUCAGUCGAUGCUGUCAAAGGAAUUAAUUUACGGUGCUUCCAAUAAAAAAAGUAGCAUUCCGGUUGUAAGAUCAAAGUCCAGUAAUGCAGUAAAAAGUUAUGGAAAUUAUAAUUGUAAAAAUAGUAGAGAUGUUUCUGUAAGUAAUGCAGCUAAAAUUUACGGCGGGUCUCACAAGUCAUUAAGCAAUGGUAACUCACCGAGUUUUAAAAAAAAAAAUAUAAGCAAUAAUAGGAUGACCCAGAGCUUUGAUGCCUCGACAAAUGAACAGUAUGACGGCAGUUGCACUUCAGAUAAAACAACAAAACCAGUUAUCACGUCGGAAAAAUUACUCCAAGUGUUCAAAGAGAUUCAAAAGACUCACCACCAGCAAAUGGCGCAUCUUAUUGCUCGUCAGCAGAGAGAACAGAUAAUUAUGCAGCAAGAAUUCGAGAAGCAACAGCUGAUGCUUCUUGAGCAGCUGGAAAAAACUUGUCCUGGUAUUUCUUUGCCCGCGAUAAUUAAAAAAAUUACAACGCCGGUAGAUAAAUUAAAAGGUAAAAAUUCACCACGUGGUUCAGUGUCACUGCCAAGGGACAAUCAAAAUCGUUCGGAUACUGAAAGUAGUCCAUUAAAUGGAAGUUCUUUUGGGUCUGAAGGAAGUUUGUCUAUUAAUUUGAAUGUUUCUCAUGAUGCUUCGUUGUCGGAAUGUAAAAUAAGUCGUGAGAAAAAAAUAUCUAGUGUAAGUCGACAACUUUUUCCGCUGGAAAGUAAAACUACUCAUAUUCCUAUCGCCAAUGGCGCGGUUUAUAAUGACCGACAUAUAAAAGCUGCGACAAUUAUAAACGCUUAUGCACGUGGUUACUUAGUGAGGAGAUUAAUGAAGACUGAGAGAAUUAUGACUUUAAAAAAUACCUACAGAGAAGCAUUGCACUGUAUGUUAAAAUUACAUGUUGAUGCUCCGUGGGAGUUGGCUGAAUUAAAUUUUCAUAAACGUUUACAGCAUCAGUGCGAUGCAGCGUCAAUGAGUAUCGUUGAAUUAUUUUCUCAAAGUCCAUCUAGAAAAAUGACCAUCAUUUCACAAGAUCGACAAAUUAAACAAGCACGUCAACAACGACCAACUUCUGCUAAAUCGUCGUACUCUUUUGCAACUCAGCGCACGUUAGCAAGAAAAAAAUUCAAAGAAAUGGGAAUAAUUACAAUGCCAGAGCCAGCUCCCAGACAUCCUUGUACUGCAAGAACGCGAUGUCAAACAUGGACGUCUAAUUCAAGAGAAAAACGUUCUCCAGGAUUAAUAAAUCAAGGUAUAAAACGCAGCACAAGUGCUGGUGCCGUCCGCAAACCCUGGCGAUAAUUAGCAUUGUGUGCCUUAGUGUCAAUAAAUAACUAAGUCACAAUAUUAAUUCCAGUACAAAAUUUUAUACCAUCAUUAAUAUCACCGUAGUGCCUGUUAACAUUACGCUAAAAAAAGAAAAAAAAAAACGUUAAAUAAGCAAAGAAAAUAAAAUUUUAAGUUAAAGCUAAAGGACUUAAGUUUCGAUAAUUCAAACUCGAGCUUUGUAGCCUGGAGUUAUUUAACACGCAAUUAUUAAUUUAUUUAAUAAUAUUUUAAAAAAUUUAAUGAUUAUCAAAUCGAGCGCAAAAUAAUUUCUGUGAUAAUUAUUAAUUACAUAUAUUCAAUGUCAUCUAUUAAUUUCAUUUAUUUUUUUUAUACUUAAAAAAAUUUAAUAAUCUAAUUAUUAAUAUAAAAAUAG